AUGUAUUAACAGAGAUUUGCAGCUUCUAAUAAAAUGCAAUAAAAAACAUUAUAGGAAUAUGAUAUUAAACCAGUAAAGAAUCCUAUUAAUCAGGAAAAAUAGAAUGUUCAACAAGUUUAAUAAAUUUACAAUCUUUAACAAAGAAAUACAAGAGGAAACUAAAUUGAAAAUGGAGAGUAGGGAAUUUAAAUUAAAGUGUUUUAAAACUCAACUAAAUCUAAUUUAGAUUAAAGGUCUUCAUCUUAGUAAUCUAAAGAAGAUCUUUCUCUUUAAAAAAGGUUGUUUUCAGGCCUUGAGUUAGAUUCAUCUUUUUCUAAAAUAAACUCUACUACAUUCUAGGAACAAGAUAGAAGUCCAAGAAAUAAAAGUGAUAUAAUACAAAUCAAACUUUUAAAACCUUUAGAUUAGAAAUUCUUUAACUUCAUUCGAGAAUACGGUUAUAUAAUUGGGGAUUUAUCUAAAGAUAAUUAAUCUUCAUUUACUGUAAGCACUAUGGAACGAUCAAGAUUGCUUUCCAAUGAAAGACAAAUUGUUUACAGCAAUUCUCCUCCACCUUCAAAAAGUAUGAUUUAAUUAUAAUUCUUUAUAGCUUUUCGAACAAAACUCUUUAAUCAUGUUAAUUGA